AUGCUGUUCCUAGUCCAGGUCAUCCUCACCCUGUGGGUCUCCUGGGCUCGUGGACAAGAGGUUAAGCCCUGUGACUUUCCAGAAAUGAAACAUGGACGCCUAUAUAGGGAAGAAGCGCAUAGACUAUCCUUCCCAGUAUCGGUAGGAACAUGGUAUUACUAUUACUGUGAUGAAAACUAUGUGACUGCUUCAGAAGGCGCCUGGGAUUACAUUACUUGUAAAAGAGAUGGAUGGACCCCGAAACUGCCCUGCCGCCAAACAUGUUUAAAGUCAAAGGUAACAAUUGAGAAUGGAUUUAUUGCUGACUCUGAGCCUCUUUAUCUCUUAAAUCAAAAAGUAAAAUAUGAGUGCAGACAAGAUUACGUAACAGAAGAUGGUCACACAUCCGGGUAUAUUACAUGUCUCCAGAAUGGAUGGUCAGCUCAACCCAGAUGCAUUAAGUCUUGUGGCAUGCCAGUAUUUGAGAAUGCCAGAGCCAAAAGUAAUGGCACAUGGUUUAAGGUCAAUGACAAGUUGGCCUAUGAAUGUCAGAAUGGAUAUAAAAAUGGAGAUGGACAAACCAUGGGCUCCAUAGUGUGUGGUGAAAAUGGUUGGUCUGAUACACCCACCUGUCAUGAUUCCACAGGAAAAUGUGGGCCCCCUCCCGUUAUUGACAAUGGAGACAUUACCACGUAUCCAUCAGCAGUCUACGCUCCCGGGUCUUCAGUGGAGUAUCAGUGCCAGGCCUACUAUGAACUUGAGGGAAACAGGAGAAUAACGUGCCGUGAUGGAGCGUGGUCUGAACCACCCAAAUGCUUGGUUAAGCCCUGUGACUUUCCAGAAAUAAAACAUGGACGCCUAUAUAGGGAAGAAGCGCAUAGACUAUCCUUCCCAGUAUCGGUAGGACAAUGGUUUUACUAUUCCUGUGAUGAAAACUAUGUGACUGCUUCAGAAGGCGCCUGGGAUUACAUUACUUGUAAAAAAGAUGGAUGGACCCCAAAACUGCCCUGCCGCAAAACAUGUUUAAAGUCAAAGGUAACAAUUGAGAAUGGAUUUAUUGCUGACUCUGCGUCUACAUAUCCCUUAAAUAAAAUAGCAAAAUAUAAGUGCAAACAAGGGUAUGUAACAGAAGACGGUCACACAUCCGGGUAUAUUACAUGUCUCCAGAAUGGAUGGUCAGCUCAACCCAGAUGCAUUAAAUCUUGUGAUAUGCCAAUAUUUGAGGAUGCCAGAGCCAAAAGUUAUGGCACGUGGUUUAAGCUCAAUGACACGUUGGACUACCAAUGCCUGGAUGGCUACGAAAACAAAGAUGGAAACGCCCUGGGCUCCAUGGUGUGUGGUGAGGACGGCUGGUCCCACUUGCCAACCUGCUUUAAAUCUGCAGACAAGUGUGGGCCUCCUCCAGCGAUUAGCAAUGGAGACAUCACCUCCUUGCCAUUGGAAGUGUAUCCUCCAGGGUCAAGAGUGGAAUACCAAUGCCAGGCCUACUUUGAACUCCAAGGUCCUAAAUAUGUAACCUGUAGUUAUGCAAAGUGGUCCGAACCCCCGAGAUGCAUAGAUCCAUGUGUGAUAUCAGAAAAGAUCAUGAAUGAAAAGAACAUACAGUUAAAAGGGAAAGAUGACAAACCCUACUAUGUAAAAACGGGGGAUAUCGUGGAAUUUAUGUGCAAAUCGGGACACAAGGCGGUGACGUCAGAGGAGUCAUUUCAAGCCGUGUGUCGGGAAGGGACAGUGGAGUUCCCCAGAUGUGAAUGAAGAAGCCCUGUUGCCCCAGAUAUGUGGCCAGUCCCACCUACUGCUCCUCCU